GUGAGAGAAACCGCUGAAUCUCUGUUGACUGAGAGUUAGAGAUUGAAGACAGCAGGUUUGGAGCUCCUCACUGUAACACUACCGCCUGCCAGUGGAAAUGAUCGAGUAAUUUAAGUGUGUGUGAUGGCAGAGCUCCCGUCCGGACUGCUGGAGGCAUGUGUAGUGGUUGGAGCCCCCAGUGAUAAGCUUCGAGACGUAUACCAGCUCCAUCAGCAGGCUAAGUUAAACGAACUCCUCCCGCUGGAAGCUGAGGUACUACAGGUCCAUGCCCCGCCCUUUGUUUCCAAGGAGACAAACUCCAGCCAGUCGAUUGGUCCAGCUUUCAGUCGUGUCCAGAGGAGGAGGAGCUUCAUCAAGAAGAAGAGGCGAGAUCGGGCUGCAGAGGCGUUGCCUAAUGGAGAAACAGGCAAUCGUAGUGAAGUGGCCUCAGCAACAGAGGACAUCAGUGUUCCAAAGGAUCUGGACCUCAUCGCCCUGCCGCAGCUGUGUUUCCCUGGUGGCCUCCAGUUAGCCAAUGAGCCGAGAGAAGACACUUAUCACUUCCUGGUUUUCACCGACCUUUUUGGGAACCGAACCCAUGGAGUUGUUGUGCAGUACUACAGAGCUGUACAGUCCUGUCAGGAAGGUGCUCUCCAGAAUGGCCACAGGUGGAAUGCAUCAAAGUGCCGUCUCUAUACACCCUUUGCUGUGUGUGUCAUCUCCAAGUUCCCCUACUAUAAUGCUCUGAGAGACUGCUUGUCAUGCCUCCUGGUCCAGUUGCGGCCUGCAAGACAAGCUGACUUUGAGGAGACAAUAAAGGAAUUUUCAGCCAAGCUGUCCCUGGUACCUUUACCACCUCCUGGACAACUACAUGUGUCCUUCAGCCUACGUCCCCUCCAUGUGGUUCUUCCAUCGAAGCAGGAUCAGGAAAGCCCUGUUAUUGACAUCGACCUGCAUCUACCUUUCCUCUGUUUCACGCACACAACACUGCUCCAGGUGCUGUCCUGUGUCCUUCAAGAGCAGAGGCUGGUAUUCUUCUCUGCUGACUGGGCCAGACUCACUCUGGUUGCAGAGAGUUUGCUGUUGUACCUGCAGCCUCUGUCCUGGCAGCAUCCCUAUGUUCCUGUCUUGUCUAGAGGAAUGCUGGACUUUCUCAUGGCUCCUACAGCCUUCUUGAUGGGCUGUCACAUCAGUCAUUUUGAAGAGGUUGCUGCAGAGACAGAAGAACUAAUCCUGGUGAAUAUUGAUGAUGGCAUCAUUCAGUCGUCAUGGUCUGAAACCCUUGACCUACCAGCUAUCCCUCUGGCUGCUGCGGAGAGCUUUAUGUCAAGGGCAGAGUCUCUCCAGCUUUACUAUGACUUGGAGAUGUGUCACCUUGGAGCGGGCACUGACGCUAAUGCCCUGCGAUGCCAACGCAGAGACUGGCAGACACGCCUCAACACACAGAUACAAAACAUCACUCUGGAACUAGUGGUCAACAUCUUCAGAGGCGUCCAGGACUUUCUAAACCAUGAACACCGAGUUUUUAACAGUGAGGAGUUUCUGAGGACCAGGGAGCCAGCAGACCAGUCCUUUUACAAGAAGGUGUUAGACACUCAUAUCUUCCACUCAUUCCUGCGAGACAGGCUGAACAGGAAACGGGACACCUUCAGCCACAUGGACCAGAACACACGUAACCAUGCACAGAGGAAUCGUGCCGUGACAGAGUCUCCUCGGCGUCCCCCCAUGUCUGAACUGUCCAGGACUGGCUACACCAACUACACCAGCCCACACAACAGACUGAGCAAGAGGCUUGGAGCCAGCCUGCCUAACCUGGAGCAACCUGCCAAUGACACCGUUUCUACCAUCACCUCCAACAGACCAGCCUCCUUCAGGAAGAUGACUCCUGAUAUCGGGUUGAAGUUUCCUCAGAAAGCAGUGAAGGUUUUCCGCCUCCCAGAAUUCCCCCCUCCGUUGGCUUAUCAUUAUGUCCAGAACUAUUACUCUGACAUGGUUGCUUCCCUGGGAAGAGCUAUUAACGCUACAGCACCUGAUGAGUCUGCUCUGCUGGCCAGGUACCACUACCUGCGAGGUUUGGUGAACACUGUGUCCAACAGGCGCCUGGAUGCACUAGAAGACUUCCAGAGUCUUUAUAAGACUGACUCCGAUAUCUUUCCUUCUCAGAUGGUUAAGUCACUGGUUGACUCUCUGCCAGAAGCUGAACGUUCACAGGCGGACAAACGGUCAGAGCUGAAGCGGCUUAUCAGUCGGGUCAAGCGGGACCAGGAGCGGGAGCGUGCCUGCAACGGCAACGGGCACGAGGAAGGCGCCGUGAAACGCUUCCAGCUGCCAAAAAAAUACAUGCAGAUGGAGGAGUUUGUGAAAUGUAUCCAGGAGUCCGGCAUAGUAAAAGACCAAGGAACCAUACAUAGACUCUUUGAUGCUCUUACUGUAGGUCACCAGAAGCAGGUUGGUCCAGAGUUGUUUAGAGUCUUCUACACCAUCUGGAAAGAGACUGAGGCCGAGGCACAGGAGGUAUGCUUGCCAGCGUCUGUCUUGGAGCACAUUGAGCCCAGCGAGUGCGUCUUCAAGCUGUCCUCCUCUGUCAAGACGAGCCGCGGCGUGGGGAAGAUCGCUAUGACACAGCGGCGGCUCUUCCUGCUGACCGAUGGACGACCGGGAUACGUGGAGGUGGCACAGUACCGAGAUUUAGAGGAGGUGAAAGUGUCUUCGGCUCCCUUUCUGCUGUUGCGAAUCCCUAGUCUGAAGCUGCGCGUUCGGGGCAGGAAGGAUGCGUUCGAGGCCAAUUUAAAAACGGAAACUGAGCUAUGGAACUUGAUGGUCAAAGAGAUGUGGGCCGGGCGCAACAUGGCUGACCAACACAAGGACCCCCAGUACAUGCAGCAGGCUCUGACCAAUGCCCUGUUAAUGGACGCAGUAGUGGGCAGCCUUCAGAGCAGUAAGGCCAUCUACGCUGCCUCGAAGCUGGCUCACUUUGACCGCAUCAAGAUGGAAGUGCCGAUGAUGGUUCCCAAGACAACCUCAGAGACAUUAAAGCACAAAAUUAACCCCUCGCUGGAACUUGCUGCACCUCAGGCUGUGGAUGUACUUCUGUACACACCAGGUCAGUUAUGGGUGUCUGUGAGCGGGGGGAAGGUGAUGGUGUUUGAUGCCUCCAGCUGGUCCCUCACACACACCUGUCACGUUGGGAAUGCAAGACUGAACUGCAUGCUGGGAGUUGAUAAGGACCAGGUCUGGAUGGGCUCUGAGGACUCUGUCAUCUACAUCAUCAGCAUGGUGGCCAUGGUCUGUAACAGACAGCUGACUGAACACAGGGCGGAGGUCACUGGACUGGCACUUGAUACAGACAAAUACAGCCAGAAGGUGGCGUACUCCUGCAGUGCAGAGGGAAGCAUCAUGGUGUGGGACGUCUCGACACUACAGGUGAAGAGGCAAUUUCGCCUCUCCUGCGACCGUCUGCAGUCAGUCUCCAGCCUGAAUGGAACGCUUUGGUGCUGCUCCAGGGACAGUAUAAUGGAGGUGUGGAGGAACGGUUCAGUGAAACAUCGUAUGAAUUUGCCAGAGCAGCCAGGACCCACAAGAGGAUCCACAGCUGCAUUCAGUUCUGUACUGCUGUUACCUGAGAGGGAGGAGCUGUGGAGUGUCUGUGUGGACUCAGGAGAAGUGUGUAUUUGGAACAUUAGGGACACUAGCAAACCAUUCCACCGUGUGUCUCUACAGGACUGCACCGGAUGUUACUGCAUGAUCAAAGUUAAAAACCAGGUGUGGGUUGGCGGUGUUGGCCGCAGUUCUACCAAAGGGAAGAUUUACAUCCUGGACACAGAGCGCCACCAGGUCCAAAAGGAGCUUCACGGCCACAACGACAAGGUGACGGCGCUCUGCUCCGCCGAGGAUCGAUACGUCCUCAGUGGAGCUGCCAAACACGACGGAAAGAUUGCCAUCUGGAAGGUGGAGUAGAGCCAUCGGCUGCCUGGAAAUGGACCUAUUUUAAAGUUGGAGUUCUUAACACCACCGUGCUGUGAACCAACUAAAGGACCCCAGGUUGAGAAUCUGUGGGAAAAGGAGUGAAGAUCUGUGUUUUUGGAAACCUCGACUUCAUGCUGCAUCUCAGAGCUUUGAAGGAAUCAUGUGAAGCAACCAGUUUACGUAAAGUGACACCAACUGAGCAGCUUCUGCCGCCUGCUAUGAAGUAGUGAUUAGAAAUACUAACAGUACUAACACGUUAUUUUUUUCGGGAGUAUGAAGGACAAACGAAGACUGAAAAAAAAGAGAAGUGGACACAGGUUCUUGUUGGAUAUGUUUUUUGUUUUUUUUAUCCAAAGUUCACUUUCUGAAGGUUUAAACAUUUUUAGUGUUGUCAUACCAUUCCUUAUUUAAUGCUCUACCUUGUUUUGUAGCGAGUCCGAUCACACUAGUAUUAUGUGGGAACAUUGUGUGACUGAGCCUCUCCUCCAGCUGUGUUUUUGAGGUGGGUCUCUGCAGCUCAAAGGAGUCAAACUACCCUGAAAACAAAACCUGUGAUUGGAGAUUUCACCAUCACAGUGGGGAGGGAAAGCCCUGCAAAAUAUUUUGAUGGAAGUUAUGCUUUAACGGACAAUGUCCAGUGAGGAGGUGACGAGAAAUGUGAUGAAAGAUUAUACAAAAUUAGGAGCUGGACUCAUUACAUGUGAAACAGUGAUAUGUGUGUUUCAAAGCAUCUCAAGAGAAACACGUUUUAGUCCUGAGUGGAAUUAGAUUUAAAAAGACACAUGAAAUAAGGACUAACAGUGACCUGCAGUGUUUCGCACUUAUUGUAUAUCUUUAUCAAAUACUUCAUACUUCAAUACCUCAUUGUUAGACAAAGUUUCUACAUUUUUCUCUAUUUAUUUCCCUAUACCUUAAGUUUUUAUCUGUAUUCCCGGGUUAACAAGUAAAGGCAAAAUGUUUUCGACAGAAGAUGUGGACACUUUAGUCAACAUUCCUGGCUGUAAAAUGCUUUAUGCAUAUUAAAAAAUGUAGUUAUUUAUACUUUUAAGUAUAAAAAAAACCUGAAAUUUCCUCCUAUAUGUUGAAAUCUAUUUAUAAUCUGUAGACAUUUGUGUUUUGUGUAUUUUCUAAGGAGUAUCUGACUAGUUUUUAUUACAGAAGUGUUAUUUUCAUUAAGUGGAACAGUACAACUGAACUUUUUUUUGGAUUUUCACCUUUUUCUAUCUUUUACAGCCUGUUUUUCUCUUCAAAAAGUUAACUUUCUGGGACACUUGAACAAUCAGAGUUAAGAAGUCGACACUAUUGUUUCACAAAAAGUAUCACAAGUGGUGUAAUUUUGGUUCGUAUCACCAUUCAAAGGUUCAAUUUAUCUUUUAUUGUGUACACUGUAUAUAAAUAGUGAGCAUAAAAUAUAUUCCUCUUGUAAACUAAAUGGUGAAAAACAACUCAACCACUGACAUAUUUUGUUUUUUUUUAUGAAUAUUGUCACUUUUAUAAAACUUGAAAUGUAUAUGAAAGUGUAUAUCUCCAACCUUUUAAUAUCAAGAUUUUCUAACAUUUAACCAGCAGUGAACAAAGCAAAUACACCCUUUCAAAGGAAAUCUUCAGUUUGUCUUUAUUUGUAACCAGAACAAGUUUUAAGUUACUCUGUAUGGUUCCCAACAGGGAGGUCACAGAGGGGUGAUGGGUAAUGAGUGGAUGUUGCUAUAGUUCAAAUGGUCAUAAGUCAUAAUUUCAAAGUUUAAUGUAUGUAUUACUGUUUCCAUCCCCAUUUGUCUGCAAUUCCUAGAGUUCACCAGUAGAGGGUGCUGUUUGAUACCAAGAGACGUUAAAGUGGGACCAAGUUCACAGCACAGAACUCACAAUAUUAACAUAACAGGGCUAUUUUCUUUAUCAGUUAUCCCACCAAUUAUUUUCUCUGGUUCAAUCGAUGAAAUGUUAGAAAACAGUGGAAAAAUGGCCAUUAUCAUUUUCAUGACUUUAAUUGUCAGUGUCCACAACCACCAUUAUUCAUAUAUGACAUAGAAAAAAAGAAGAAAUGCAGCAAAUCCUCAUAUCUCAGAAGAUAUAAAAUAUACCGGUGUGUGCAGGUUUGCUGCUCUGUGAAUGACCUCUGACCUCUCAGUGGAGCCGGUCAAGGUGUUUUUACAUCAAAUCUCCACUGAAACUCCCUUCCAGUCCUUUAAAUCAGUGGUUCUAAAACUGAGGGUCGGGACCCCUAGUAGGAGUCACCAAAGCUUCAUAUGGGGUCACGAGGCCUUCUUGAUUUUAAAGCGUGCUGGAAAGCUUAAAAACUGUACACAGUAGGCCUGUAUUUCAGUAAAUUGUCUAAUAGGACAAAGACCAAGCAUCAGGGACAAGAAAACACUGACUUUGUCAAAAAUAAGCCUAUUGAGUCUGUAUGAUUGUUUAAAAAAAAAAAAAAGAACUGUAAUACAGACAAAAUUGUAUUAAAAGUUCUCUAAACAGGAAAUAAUCUGCUUAAAAUUCAUCCAAAUCUUAUUUCAUCUCAUUUUACACAAACAUACAAUUCACUACUUAGGUUUAUUGUUUUGAAUAUAAUAUAUAUAAUCCAUAAAAUAUGUCGCCUAAGAAGGGGGUCACUGCUUUAAAUUUGUGUGUGGAUGUGCAGUUCUGCUGUAUCUUUGUGCGAGUGUUUGUGUGCUGGACAUUGUUUUACAAAAAGACGUAAGAAGCUGUUUAUCUCUCACCGUGCAGCUCCACUGCCUCAGCUGCAGUGGAAGAUAAGUUGCUUUCUGCAUCUCCUGCAGCUCUUAAUCAGUUUCCUUUAAUCCAUAAACUUUUACUUACAGGAAGCAAGAGCUCGAUUUUAAAAGGGUCGGAGAAAAAAAACCCAAAACAAACACGAUUGCUGUUUGCGCUGCAACUUAAAACCUGACUUGAAAAACUUGUUGAAACAGUAACUGUAGUCAACAGAGGAACAGUCCUCUGCAGAACAAUGCUACAAAGAAAAGAGAAGUUCCUCUUUACUUCAAUAGAACUGAAGCAGCUAGUGCAGUUUUGAUUUAGAUCUAUUUGUGAUUGGGGAAAAAAGAACAAAUCAAAAGACAAAUGUACAAGGUGUGUGGUUGUUGUUGUCAGUGGAGGGAGCUGCCUUCAACUGGAGCCUAAGACAUGUUAUUUUAUAUUUUUCUGUCAAUAAAUGCCAUUUAAAAAAAA